AUGUCGGCUCUGCAGGCGGUCAAGUAUAGCCGGGGUAAGCUCGAGGUCCUCGACCAGCUCCGACUACCCCAUGAAUUCCACUACGACAAUGUCGCAACUCGCCUCGAGGCCUUUGACAGCAUCGCUAGCAUGCGCACGCGCGGCGCCCCGGCCAUUGCCAUUGUCGCAAGCCUGGGUCUCGCUGUCGAGCUUCACAAUGGCCCUGUCCCCGAAGGCUCGGGCCAAGACAUUGUAGCCCACAUCGACGCCGCCCUCGACUAUCUCAAAGAGAGUCGCCCAACAGCUGUGGAUCUUACCAACGCCAUCAACCAGCUCAAAGCUAGAAUACGCGCCGGCGGCGACGCGGCCACCAAGGCCGAAAUUGUCGAAGCCUUCAUCGACGAGGCGGAAAAGAUUUUCGAAAAGGAUCUCAAGACCAACUUGUCCAUUGGUGACUAUGGCGCCGAGUGGCUGCGCGCACAGGCUGGUGCCAGCUCCGACAAGCAGAUUUCGGUGCUCACCCACUGCAACACCGGCUCGCUCGCCACUUCAGGCCACGGCACUGCCCUCGGCAUCAUCCGCACUCUGCAGUCCAAAGGUCUUUUGCAGCACGCGUUCUGCACAGAGACGCGACCUUACAACCAGGGCAGCCGCCUGACUGCCUUUGAGCUUGUCUUUGAGAGCAUUCCCAGCACCCUCAUCACCGACUCCAUGGCCGCCGCACUUUUCCGCACGCGAGGUGCCGAGAAGAACAUUGCAGCCGUCAUUGUCGGCGCCGACCGUGUUGUCCGCAAUGGCGACACGGCCAACAAGAUUGGCACGUAUCAGCUCGCCGUCCUCGCCAAGCACCACGGUAUCAAGUUCAUUGUCGCUGCCCCUACGACGAGUAUCGACCUCGUCACCGAGACGGGUGACGGCAUCAAGAUUGAGGAGCGCAAGUCUUCGGAGCUCACUCAGAUUACGGGCGCCGUGAUCAAGGCCGACGGCACCGUAGACGAGACGACCAAGGUGCGCGUGGCCACGGCCGACCAGCGCAUCAAUGUCUGGAACCCAGCUUUUGACGUAACUCCUGCUGAGCUCAUUGACACCGUCGUCACGGAGAAGGGUGCUGUCGAGAAGGGUGCGGAUGGCAAGUUUGACUUUUCCAAAAUCAUGCCCGAGCGUUGGGCGCAGGUUGUCAAGGCUUGA